GCAUAGGAAAUAAUUUAUUUUAGACUAGACAAGAUGCCCUUCAUUAUGAGGUGGCCAUUUUGUUGUAGCCCUGUUCUAGUUUAGUGAGAAUUCUGUGGGGCUGGAGAGUGUGAGCCCAGUGAGGAGGAGGUUCUCAGCCAAAACAAGGACAAAAAAAUAUUUUGGAGGUCACUAAACUGAUCGCCUGACCAAAGAUGGAGAAGGAGCGAAGUCACACUACAGAGAGGAUACUAAACCUCACAAUGGAGAUCAUCUACCUGCUGACCGGAGAGGAAUGCAUUAUAGCGAAGAAGAUAUCUGGUGAUCAGGUGAUGCCCAACAGACCUCUCAGUGUGUCACAAAGAUGUAGCAGAAAACGGAGCCCGAAGAUGGAACCUCCAACUCACUCACUGAUAUCUGAGAGGAACAACGACAAGAAGAUCCUAGAAGUCACCCAGAAGAUCAUAGAGUUGCUGACAGGAGAGGUUCCUAUAAGGUGUCAGGAUGUCACUGUCUCUUACUACAUGGAAGAAGGGAAGUAUAUAGAAGGACACAAGGAUCUCUACAAGGACGUCAUGAUGGAGAAGCGGCCGCCCCUCACAUCACCGGAUGGAUCCAGUAACAGAAAUCCCCCGGAGAGAUGUCCCCGUCCUCUGUAUUCCCGUGAUUCCAUGCAGGAACAACACAAGAUACCACCAGCUGAUCAGGUUACACUGAAGGAAAACCAGAUUGAUUAUAAAAUUGAAUUUAAAGAGGAAGAAGAAGAUCCCUAUGUGAUGGAUGAUGAGCCGUGUAAGGAGGAGGAAAUAUCUCCAGAGAUCAGCACAGGCGGAAGAAACAAAGGGAACGACAAGGAACAAUGUGCUGUAAACAGCUCUUCAGGAAAAAAAACUGUAGCCUCAAAUGUCCAUCCAGCACCUUCCACUGCAAAUCCAUCAAAUGAUUCCUCUGCACUUGAGCACUCGCCUACUAUCCCCCAUCAUAGAAAGGUUGACACCUUCUCAUGUUCCGAGUAUGGCGCACAUCAUACCCAGAAAGGCCAAGCCGUUUCGCACCGGGAGAGUCACUCGUCAGAGAAGCCAUAUUCCUGUCCCGAAUGUGGAAAAUGUUUUUCCUGGAAAUCAUCUCUCGUCACGCAUGAAAAAAAUCACAAAGGAGAGAAGCCGUUCACCUGUUCCGAGUGCGGGAAAUGUUUCCCUUGGAGGGCCUUCCUCCUCAAGCACCAGAAAACUCACCUGGCCGAAAAACCCUUUCAGUGUCCGGAGUGCGGGAAGAGUUUCUCAGAAAUAUUUCUUCUUCUGAGACAUCAAAAAACCCACACGGGCGACAAACCCUUUGCCUGUUCUGAAUGCGGGAAAUGUUUUUCCCAGAAAUCAGAUUUUGAGAGGCAUCUGAGAACCCACACGGGGGAGAAGCCAUAUUUAUGCUCUGAAUGCAGUAAGAGUUUUUCUCAGAAGGAGCAGCUUAUUGCCCAUCAGAGAAUUCACACGGGAGUAAUGCCUUAUUUGUGUACGGAGUGCGGGAAAUGCUUUUCAUUGAAAGCCCGUCUCGUCAUACACCAGCGAACUCACACUGGUGAGAGUCCGUAUUCGUGUUCAGAGUGUGGGAAAGGGUUUAAAAACAAGUCAAAUCUGUGUAGACAUGAGAAGGUGCAUACUGGUGAUCGUCCACAUGUAUGUUGCGAAUGUGGGAAAUGCUUUAGCGAUAAAUCCGAUUUGAUUAGACACGAGCGAGUCCACACACGUGCUCAGCCGUAUUCCUGUUCUGAAUGCGAGAAACGGUUCUCCUAUAAGUCUACCCUGGUGUCACACCUCAAAAUCCACAAGGUCCAAAAGGCUCCUACAUCAGAAUUUGACAGCUAAUGCCUUGUACACACGAUCGGAAUUUCCAUUGGAUUAAACUCAGACGGGUUUUUCCGACAGAAUUCCGUUCAAGCUGUCUUACAUAUACGCUGUCACUCCGAAUUCCAACCGUCAAACCGGCUACGACGAGCCGAGAAAAAUUAAGUUCAAUGCUUGGUGGGGGUCCAGUCUGAGACUGCCAAUCACACAAAAAUGAGGCCUCUUGGCAAUCGGGCCUUUGCGCCGAGUGGCUGCAUAUUUGCGUGCAACUGCGCCAAUACAGCUGUGCCCGAGAGCACGCACUGUGUGUGCUCCUGGCAGCUAAUGAUCAUGUGACAGCCAAUCACGGCGGUCACAUAGCCAUAAGCCCCAUCCCGCCUCCCAGCAUUUUAAAGCCCUUGAAUGUCAGGCAGGAACCGGCGCCAAGGGGUUAAUUUGGCUGCACUUAGGCUUCAGUCCUUUCUGAAAGUUUUCUUUUUAAUGUGCUCCAUUGAGAGAAUUGAAGCAUUGACUUUGGUUUCAACCCCAAAGGAGCUUACAGUCUAAUGCUUAUUGCACAGUCCCCACAUAUGUAUGCUAUAUGUCUACAGUUUUGGUCACAUGCCAGCAAAUUUUCCAGCAUGUUUUUAGUUUAUGGGAGCAAACCAUGCCAACUUGACAAGUUCAUAUGGACGCAGUGGCGAUGCGUCCAUAGUGGGCGCAGGAGCGCCGCCCCCUCUCCCCUGCACCGUCAC